AUGGCAUAGUGUUGUUCCUAAGUCGGAUUUGACAAGUCAUGUUUUUUUUGGGAAACCGCGGCUGCUAUUAUUCAGCAACACUGAACGCUGCUUAACAAAAGUGUGGCGCAAAGCAGUCAAUGCUCUGAGGAGCCACAUGGGCAUUUUGAUUUAAUGGCAAUUAUUAUGCAUUACUAAUAAAAAAUACGGUUGGCUUUACGCUGAGAAAUAUUUCCAUGGAGAUAGUGGUUAUUGCCUAGCAGUUUGUUGGGUUUAUUUUCACAUGUAUCACAAGGCGCAUUCUCUCAAUUGGUGUAUUUAAAAAAAGAGCAUAAAUCCAAUAAUUUAAAUAAUCUGUCUGUUGUCAUUGUCAUGUAUGUAUCCUUUAUAUAACCAGGGACAUCCGAUUCAAUUAGAAAUCCUCCUUACAAAGGAGAUAUGCUCCAUUUAAAUAUCAAUCACCAAAGCAUGUCACGACCACAGCUAUAAGUCAUCAUAACUAUUCUAAGUUUCACAAUUGUCUCUUGAACUGAGUAGUUAUUGUGCGGUUAGCACAAAGACACACGCACAAAUGCACAUACACACACACACACACACACCCACACACACAAAAACAAACACACAUAGAUCUUUCUUCUUCUCUCCUCCAGUGAAGUCAUCCUCUCCAACAUCGACCUCAGCCUGUCUGGCAACUGGGAGUGCCAGGUGACCAGUUCCCGUGGCAACAGGUCCAGACAGAUGGAGAUUGUUGUGUUGGAGACGUCAGCACCCUACUGCUCAGCAGACAGGGUCAGCAGCAACAAGGGAGACUUCAGGUAGGUGCUCUGACCAGACCAGACACAAGGACCUCUUCUGGUCAAGGCUAAAUGUCAAUGUCUAAGGUCAGCUACAGUGCAGCAAGGUGGCUAAAAACAAGCCUGACCUCAUGUGGGCAUUCAAGAAGACCAAGUGUUAUGAGAAAAUGAAAUGUGAAAGCCCAAUGACUCACUAAACUCCGCUCUGCUCAAGUAGGAAACUCCUGAAGAAUAUUAGAUAACAAAGAAAGUAAACAGUCAAAUGAAAAACAUUUCCUUGGAAUGCAAGUACUGCUUAGCUAGCAAUUAUCCCCACGAAUUAGGAAACCCUGUGUUUCAUAUCAAUCAACAAAAUGCAAAUACAUCGGUCCCGAGCUUUAUAGCUGUCUAUAAAACAGUCCAAUUAGUCUCUGACUGGAUCUCCACGAGACUUGGGUUCAAAUACUUUGAGCAUUUGCUUCAGUCUGCCUGGAGUGCCAGAUGGGAGGGGUUUUACUAUUUUGGGACUAUUCGAUUGGUUCUAUUGUGUCAGGCAAGCACAGAUAAUAGUAUUUGAAAUGAUUGCAAAUGGUAUUUGAACCCAGGUCUCCCUCCCUGUCCAUCUGGAAGGCUUGAGAAGUUGACUUUUUCUCUCCCUCCUGUCUUGUUUUCGUGAAUCCUCCAUUGUUGUUGUGUAUUUCUCCUGUACUUUACAGCCCACUUCCAGUGCAGCGAGCAGAGAGGCUUUGCUUCUGCCCAGUAGUGACGUAAUGUGCUGGAGAAUGAGACCCUUUUUUGUUGGUGGGAAAUUAGUGCCUUACAUUACUAAGUAGCCGGUGCCAUGAUGACAGGGAGAAAGCCAGACAGAUUCCUCACGAACACAACAGAUUUUCCUCAGUCUCUCCUCAAUUGACUCCCUUUGUUUUCACUUUAUGAAAAAUUGGCAAAAUUACAUUGUUGAAAUGAAACAAGCUUGUCUUUUUUUUAGAGUAUUUUCAGGGUAUAGACUGCAGUAAGAUUAAAAUGUAAUAUGCAGUGCCAUUAUGAUUGUUUACCUGUUAUGCAGAUCAACAGUAUAUGAUAACUUAGUAAUGCGACAUAAUAACAAAGCAAAGUGUCACAUAUGAUGUCAUCGGGAAAUCAAGGCUUAUGGUGGAUCAUGGUGACAAGGAUAUUGAUACCAUCUCUUGUGACAGGUGGCCAAAGACCCUGGCAGGGAUACUGACCUUCCUGCCCUGUGCUCCAUCCACAUUUGGCUCUGCCCCCCAACCUUCUGGCGCCUCUUCACACCACCCCAUUCAGAGGGCGAAGAAGGCCUGGCGACGCUGUGACCGGACAGGCCAGUGGGCAGAGGACGACUAUACCCAGUGCCCGUAUGCCAGCGAGGUGACACGUGUACUGCACGAGCUCACCCAGGUAGGACAGCAAUUCACUCCACAAAUCCCACCUUUAACCCAGGAGAGUCAGGCACUGAACUCUCACCUUACAUCCACACUAUUAUCUCAAACAUAGAUUUCCGGCUUUCUCACUAGCAGAAACAACGCGAGACAAAGGGGUCGAAAACAGAAUAAUCUACGACCUUCUAUUAUGUUGUAUUUGUGCUUAGCAAUUUGUUUUAGUUAAGGUAAUAUCUUGCUUAAUUUAUGCCCAUAUGCACAUAUAAAAUGCAUCUAAAUCCAAGUGAUCUAGCCUCUUCUAACCCAACCACUGUUCUGUCUCCAGAUGACCAUCAACACCAGUAAUGCCCAGCCGUUAGCCCAGCAGCUGGUAGCCUUCACCAGCAGGGCAGGGGACUUCAGCGAUGUGAUGGAUGUCAUCUUUGUCACACACCUGGUUGAGAGGCUGACUUGCCUAGUGGACCAGCUCAGAGACGUACGUAUUAUAGCAGCACUUAUCUGCUGUUCAUACGCACAGAAGAUUGCACACACACCUAUGCACGCUCGCGCACAAACACACAAAAAACAAACACACACACACACACAGCACUUAGCCUCAGCAUCCAUCCAGCAGUCCACUAAAACUUUAUAAUGUGUUUGAUUAGACACUCUUAAGUUCAAGGAAUGAUACAAUAAAGAACCCAAGCUGUUUUCUUUGGACGAGCUGUUUAUAGUCCAAUGAAAGGCACGUAUGAAUGUCUGUCUCUUUUUGCUCCGGUAGCUGGCUAGUCUACUCCAGCUCCAUAAAUGCUAGACUAUGGGUGCUAAUUUCCCUGAGAUGUCAUCAGUGCAGCAAUUUGGUAACAUGCCAUUUGUGGGGAAACUAUACAGUGCCUUAAAUGUAUUGAAAAUUAAAUACAGAAAUAUCUCAUUUACAUAAGUAUUCACACCCCUGAGUCAAUACUUUGUAGAAGCACCUUUGGCAGUGAUUGCAGCUGUGAGUCUUUCUGGGUACGUUUCUAAGAGCUUUCCACACCUGAAUUUGUCCAUUAUUCUUUUCAUAAUUCUUCAAGGUCUGUCAAAUGGGUUGUUGAUCAUUGCUAGACAACCAUUUUCAGGUCUUGCCAUAGAUUUUCACGUAGAUUUAAGUCAAAACUGUAACUCGCCCACUCAGGAACAUUCACGGUCUUCUUGGUAAGCAACUCCAGUGUAUAUUUGGCCUUGUGUUUUAGGUUAUUGUCCAGCUGAAAGGUGAAUUUAUAUCCCAGUGUCUGGUGGAAAGCAGACUGAACCAGGUUUUCCUCUAAGAUUUUGCUUAGCUCCGUUCAGUUUAUUUUUUAUCCUGAAGAACUCCCCAGUCCUCACAAGCAUACCCAUAACAUGAUGGUACAGAGAUGAGGUAGUCAUUCAAAAAUCAUAUUAAACACUAUUAUUGCACACAGAGUGAGUCCAUGCAACUUACAGUGCAUUCGGAAAGUAUUCAGACCCCUUGAUUUUUUUCCACAUUUUGUUACGUUACAGCCUUAUUCUAAAAUGGAUUCAAUUGUAUUUUUACUUAUCAAUCUACACAUAAUUCCCCAUAAUGAUAAAGCAAAAUCUGGUUUUUAGACAUUAUUGAAAAUGUAUAUAAAAAUAAAAUAAAACAAAUAUCACAUUUACAUAAAUAUUCAGACCCUUUACUCAGUACUUUGUUGAAGCACCUUUGGCAGCGAUUACAGCCUCGAGUCUUCUUGGGUAUGACGCUACAAGCUUGGCACACCUGUAUUUGGGGAGUUUCUCACAUUCUUCUCUGCAGAUCCUCUCAAGCUCUGCAGGUUGGAUGGGGAGUGUCACUGCACAGCUAUUUUCAGGUCUCUCCAGAGAUGUUAGAUUGGGUUCAAGUCCAGGCUCUCACUGGGCCACUCAAGGAUAUUCAGGAACUUGUCCCGAAGCCACACCUGCGUUGUGUUGGCUGUGAGCUUAGGGUUGUUGUCCUGUUGGAAGGUGAACCUUCACGCCUGAGCACUCUGGAGCAGGUUUUCAUCAAGGAUCUCUCUGUACUUUGCUCUGUUCAUCUUUGCCUCGAUCCUGACUAGUCUCCCAGUCCCUGCCACUGAAAACAUCCCCACAGCAUUAUGCUGCCACCACCAUCCUUCACCGUAGGGAUGGUACCAGGUUUCCUCCAGAAGUGACGCUUGGCAUUCAGGCCAAGGAGUUCAAUCUUGUUUUCAACAGACCAGAGAAUCUUGUUUCUCAUGGUCUGAGAGUCUUUAGGUGCCUUUUGGCAAAUUCCAAGCAGGCUGUCAUGUGCCUUUUACUGAGGAGUGGCUUCUGUCUGUCCACUCUACCUUAAAGGCCUGAUUGGUGGAUAACUGCAGAGAUGGUUGUCCUUCUGGAAGAUUCUCCCAUCUCCACAGAGGACUGGAGCUCUGUCAGAGAGACCAUUGGGUCCUUGACCAGCUUUCUGACCAAGGCCCUUCUCCCCCGAUUGCUCAGUUUGGCCUGGCGGCCAGCCCUAGGAAGAGUCUUGGUGGUUCUAAACUUCUUCCAUUUAAGAAUGAUGGAGGCCACUGUGUUCUUGGGGACCUUCAAUGCUGCAGACAUUUUUUGGUACCCUUCUCCAGAUCUAUGCCUUGAUACAAUCCUGUCUCAGAACUCUACGGACAAUUCCUUCGACCUCAUGCCUUGGUUUUGCUCUGACGUGUACUGUCAACUGUGGCCCCUUAUAUAGACAGGUUUGUGCCUUUCCAAAUCAUGUCCAAUCAAUACCACAGGUGGACUCCUAUCAAAUUGUAGAAGCUCAAUUUCGAGUCUCAUAGCAAAGGGUCUGAAUACUUAUGUAAAUAAGGUAUUUCUGUUUUUGCAAAAAUGUGAAAAAACCUGUUUUCGCUUUGUCAUUAUGGGGUAUUGUGUGUAGAUUGAUCAGGAUUUUUAUUUAUUUAAUCAAUUUUAGAAUAAGGCUGUAACGUAACAAAAUGUGAACGCACUGUAUAUACAAAAGUAUGUGGACACCGCUCUAAAUGAGUGCAUUCGGUUAUUUCAGCCACACCCGUUGCUGACAGGUGUAUACAAUCGAGAACACAGCCAUGCAAUCUCCAUAGACAAACAUUGGCAGUAGAAUGGCCUUACUGAAGAGCUCAGUGACUUUUUACAUGGCACUGUCAUAGGAUGCCACCUUUCCAACAAGUCAGUUCGUCAAAUUUCAGCCCUGCUGCCCCGGUCAAGUGCUGUUUUUGUGAAGUGGAAACGUCUAGGAGCAACAACGGCUCAGCCGCGAAGUGGUAGGCCACACAAGCUCACAGAACAGGACCGGCAAGUGCUGAAGCGCGUAGCGCGUAAAAAUCGUCUGUCAUCUUUUGCAACACUCACUACCGAGUUCCAAACUGCCUCUGGAAGCAACGUCAGCAGAAGACCUGUUCACCGGGAGCUUAAUGAAAUGGGUUUCCAUGGCCGAGCAGCCGCACACAAGCCUAAGAUCACCAUGCGUAAUGCCAAGCAUCGGCUGGAGUGGUGUAAAGCUCGCCACCAUUGGACUCUGGAGCAGUCUAAACACGUUUUCUGGAGUGAUGAAUCACGUUUCACCAUCUGGCAGUCCGACGGACAAAUCUGGGUUUGGCGGAUGCCAGGAGAAUAACACAUGCCCCAAUGCAUACUGCCAACUGUAAAGUUUGGUGGAGGAGGAAUAAUGGUCUGGGGCUGUUUUUCAUGGUUCAGGCUAGGCCCUUUAGUUCCACUGAAGGGAAAUCUUAACGCUACAGCAAGGUUCUUAAAUUCCGGUCCUGGAGGGCCUAAACACCUCUGUUUUUCAUCCUCUCCUUCUAAUCAGGGGCUAAUUCAAACCUGGGACACCAGGUAAGUGCAAUUAACUACCAGGUAGAAAUAAAAAACAGAAGUGUUUCGGCCCUCCAGGACCGGAAUUGAAGAACCCUGCGCUACAGCAUACAAUUACAUUCUAGACGAUUCUAACAACUUUGUGGCAACAGUUUGGGGAAGGCCAUUUCUUGUUUCAGCAUGACAAUGCCCCCGUGCAGAAAGUGAGGUCCAUACAGAAAUGGUUUGUUGAGAUCGGUGUGGAAGAACUGGACUGGCCUGCACAGAGCCCUGACCUCAACCCCAUCGAACACCUUUGGGAUGAAUUGGAACGCUGACUGCGAGCCAGGCCUAAUCGCCCCCAUCAUCAGUGCCCGACCUCACUAAUGCUCUUGUGGCUGAAUGGAAGCAUGUCUCCGCAGCAAUGUUCCAACAGCAGUUGUUAUAGCAGCAAUGGGGUUACCAACUCCAUAUUAAUGCCCAUGGAAUGAGAUGUUCGACAGCAGGUGUCCACAUACUCUUGGUCAUGUAGUGUAUUAAGUGGUAUUGUGUGUAGGCCAGUGAUUUAAAAAAUCUAAAUUGAAUAAAUUUUAAAAUCAGGCUGUAACACAACAAAAUGUGGAAAAAGUUUAGGGGUAUGAAUGCUUUCUGAAGGCACUGUACAUAUUGUUAGCUGCUAUUCCUGAUCUGACAUUAUUUAAGCCUGUGAGUGCUUUGAAAACAGUGAUUUGCCUAAUUCUGAGGAGUGAUUUGCAAGAAUAGACUUCAGGCUUUCUGUAUGAAACUGUUCUGUCGACAGCUUAAAUGGAAGCAGCAGGGUCACAGAACUCGAUUUGUACGUAACUGUACAUUACGUUUCAUGUACUCACAGUUCAGGAAUAAAGGCGUCUUAUCCUGCCACCGUCCAGCCUAUACUAUAUAUAAUAUACCUUCAAUAUAUUCUAAAAAGCUGUGCAUUUUUUAAUUGUCCUUUUUUUCUUGCUUAUGACAAUAAUGCACCUGAGGUAUGGUGAUGAAGAGAUCAUUCAGCUAUCCCCCUAACAAAUUCAAAAUGGCUUUCCUCUAUACGAUUGAAGACAACUACAGGGUCUGUGAGAAGAUCAUUAUUUGGAGCUCUCAUCUCCGAGCCACUUGCCAUAGGUAAACACGGGGUCAUACUAGAAAACCUACCAAUACUUGGAUCCCCAGAUACACAAUGAUUAAUGCCAACCCAGUCUCUCCACAAAACAGUUAGAUUAAAUAACUCUGACGUUAAUUUAAAUAGUUCAACUGUCAUCACAAUGAAGUGAUUAUGCCCCAUUGGAGCCGCUAAUCUAAAUUAAAUCUUUAUACAAUUAAUAAAGUCACCAUCACCACCCUCAGCAUUCCGUUUUGGUAUAAUAAAUGGCUUUUCUUUAAUGGAUGUGGUAGAUGACAGAUCUACUUUCUCUCUACCUGAAUCCUGUAGCUAGGGGACUGUAUCUCUGACAUAGCCAGUAACAUGAUGCUGGUGGAGGAACACAUCCUGUGGAUGGCUCAGAACGAGGCCAGGGCGUGUACUCGCAUCGUCCAGUGUGUGGAGCGAAUCGCUGACCUGGCUCUCACCAUAGACACGCAGGUCAUAUCAAAGGUAGGUAGACAAACAUCAAAUGCACUUAAAUGUCUAUAAAUACAAUUUUAACACUUUAACCUCUUAAAGGAUACAGGUGUUGGAUCUUAAUUUUGACCAGUAUUGUCGCAGCAAAAUAAUCCUGCAGCAAUAGGAUUUUAACGUUUAGUCCAUUCACACUUUUCCGUGGAUGUAAUGUUGCUUGAUUGUGGUAAGACUCUUAGCUGGCCAAAAUUAGGCUUCAUGAAAAGUGCAAUACUGUUAAUGUAGCCAUGUGUUAGUGCGGGUGUUCAGUGAAUUUAUGUAAUUCCUUCAACCCCAGGAAAAUUCUCAGCAACAACAGAGUGAUCAAAUUAAGAUCCAAUAUCUGUACCUUAUAAAGUGUUACCAAGAUUGGUUUCAGAAUCAAAGCUAGUUCAUCAACCUUUUAGUCUCACAGCUCAGCAUGACAGCAAUUCUGUUUUGUUUCGUCAACAUCUUUUUAUUGAUUCAACACAGAAUAACACUGACACAUUCAACAAUUUCAAUGAUCAGCUAUUUCAGACCCGGAAGAUAAACUCACUCCACCCUCCUUAUCACUCUGUUUCCAUCCAGGUGUCCCCUAACAUAGCCCUGGAGGCCUUUCUGAUCAGGCCGUCUAACUUCCAGGGUCUUUCGUGUACGGCAGUACAGAGAGCCCCCCUUCCACCCCUCUCUGGUCAGAGGGCCGAUGGGGACCAGGAUGCCAUCGGGGACCUGCUGCUCAACUUCAAAUGUCACCCGGUCAACGGCAGCGGCUCCCCCGCCAGCCAACUCCGCAAGGUACAGUACAUAGAAAUAGAUUGGCUUGAUAAUAAAGCACACACUGAAUGAUGAAAUUCCUGCUUUUACUCCCUGGUUAAUGGGUAUAACAUACACAUAUUGCCGCUGGACCCCCCAUUACAGACUGUUGACUUGAAUGCGGAUGUCUGUUCUAGGAAUUAUACUGUACUUCUAUGAUACAGUAAGAGUUAAUCACAGAUUGGACGUUUUUAUUUCUGUCCUAAAGUUUCUCUGUCUAUAUUUCUGUACAUAAUGCAGCUUAUUAUGGUAAAUAAUGAAAUGUACCCACUGCUCGUUGUGUAAGAAUAACAGGGCAGGGCUCCUGUCUGGCAGAGUUGAUGGUGUCUAUUACUCUCCAUAAAUUGACAUCCUGUUUUGGUGCCGUGUCAUGGUGUAAAUCAGCCGUGAUAGGCUGCGCUGUAAAGGGGGAGGAGUGGGGAUUGGUGGGUUAGUUUUGAAGUCCGAGUAUGCAGGCCACUCACCUGUGAUGGAUACUGUGGCCUUGUAUCCGUGUCACACUAAAUCACUGUUAUCCUGUCAUAACGCCUGCUGGCUCAUCCCAAAUGACAGAUGCCACUUCAGCAGACACCUUACGGUCUACAGAUGCAGACAGGGAAAAACACUCCUCUGGCAUUGAAGGGGCAUUGUUUUGCAAUAUUUCAGUAUGUAGUUAUACCCUUCAGCUACUGUGUGUGUGUGUGUGUGUGUGUGUGUGUGUGUGUGUGUGUGUGUGUGUGUGCGCGUGUGGGUGAGUGUGUUUCUGCGUGUUUGCUUGCGUGCCUGCGUGUUUCUGCGUGUUUCUUAACUGUGUCCUCUUCUGAUUAGAUUAGACUGUCUAGUAUGUUCAGCUAUUAUUUAGCUUGGUCGGAGGGCCCAGUGCAGCUAUGCAGUAUUUUGAGAUAAAAUAGCCAUGGGGGAGAAAGCAACACAGUCCUUUAAUGACUAAGCUGUCCCUUUGUGAUGAUCAAUGACAGAGGUUGAGAGUAUGACUAGGCUUAUAGAAGUGAACCAAUUCCAAACCAAACCUGUGUGGCUUGAUAGACAGGGAGUGAUUGUCAUUGAUUGUGAGGGGCGCUCAGAGCAGCAGUGAGGCUACUUAGGGUUGGGAUGGGGAUGCUGCCAGCCAGCCCUCUCUCUCUCUCUCUCUCUCUCACUCUCAGCCCUAUCUCUCUCUCUGUCUCUUGCUCUCAGUCCUCUCUCGCUGCCUCUCUCUCCUAA